AGCAUAAAUAAGUUUGUUGCUUUUGAGCGGAAAUUGGUUGCCAGCUAUAAUUGGUUUUAGCAGAUUAUGAGGAAAAAAUAUGUUUUAGAUUUGGCGCGUUCUGCCAACUGUUAGUGACCAAUGUUCUGUGAAUGCACAAAUCAGCUUGCGUUCAUAUCCAACACCUGGUCAAUAUAAUAUCUACUUUAUCCAGAAUAUGAAUACGACUCUUGCUGCAACUAAGUGUAACGUAGUGUCAUUGGAAAACUCACAGAAUUCUGAAGCAGAAGAAAAACUGUUGUUGGAAAAUGACAAAUGUCGCCUACUGGCGAUCUCCGAUGUUCGAACUCAUGUUGAAUCAGAUAGGGUGAAGUAUCUACCUCUGAGUACUGUAACAAGGAGGACAGAAGAUUACCCAAAUGAAAAUUAUGGGAUUAUCAAUUUGAUAAAGAACAGAGUUGGUGAAGUGGUUGACCUCCUUAUGAUAGGAACGGAGAAGAACUCGUACGACUUUGUAAAACUUCUUCUGACCGAGACAAAUGAAAGCAAUGGUGUAGUGAUUUGUCAGGUGAUUUCUUCAAAGUUACCGAAAGUAAACCUGCUCUAUCACGAACCGCGAAGCCAUGAAAUUUCACAUUUCUUUGAAGCUGUAAGAAGCCUUACCAUGGAUGAUCGCUACCUUCUAAUGAGAGCCGACCGUGAUCGACAAUCUCUGCAUAUGCAGUUAUUCUUCGUCAACCAUCUCGAACCUUACUGUUUGCAUAGAUACUUGCGGAUGUACUCUUUUGAUUAG